AUGUCUAAAGGGAGGGAGUUUACUCUGCCGGAAGGAUUGAGUUUGAAUCUCACCUGCCGAUUUCGGAAAGGACCAAAAAAUCCCAUCACCUGGCAAAAGAACGGAGUGGAUCUCAGGCCCAUGGACAAAAAUCAGUCGGCUAAGAUUGUCGAAACAAAUCUACUCUCAAUGCUGAUGCUAACGAACUUGACACAAUCCGACGCAGGAAAUUACAGUUGUCAGAGCAUUCGAAAGUCUGGACCAAUCUCUCAGUGGAUCUACAUCCAUGUUAAAGACCAAAAUGGGGAUCUAAACGGAUCACGCAUUGUUGCUGACGAACCGCAUUCCAGGUGCCAAGGCGCGAAUUGCAAGCAACAUUGUGCGGAUCAGUUGAAUUGUAAACCAAAGAAGGCAGACAUUACCGCCAAUCCGUCACCUGUCCGCGAGGAUCACCAUUUUCUAGAAAUGGUUGGAAAAGGUCUUCCACUCAUCGAGGCCACAGAGCCCUAUGCAUUCCAUCUAGACAGUGCCAAUGACUUCCAAUCCUCCGAUGAUUAUCUCAACACAGGUCACUUCUCUGACACCUGUGACAACACCCUUGAAGGCUGUGUGGACCGUCUGGGCAGUUCGACAGCUCUCAUAGGAAUCGGGACGUUGUGCUCCCUCUUCUUCAUUGCUGUGAUAGUCUCCGCCUUCUUUAUUAGGUAA